GUAGUUGUUUACAAUCUUCACCGCCGGAGAACAACCAUAACCUCCAUCAACCACCACCACCAUCACCACCACCGUCUCAUUGAUCAGAGCGAGACAUAGCUGAAGAAGGAGAACAAACUCCGAGGGAUGCGAUCCUCCGCGGAGAGGUGGCGGUGGGGAUUGUCAUUCAAUGCGGCGGGUGAAUCAGGAGCGAGAGGUCCUCGCUGUUAAUGGCUGGUUUCCAAUUGCAAAUGACUUGGCAAACGAGUUUGUUGUUGAAGAAACGAAAGAACGGUCCUCCAUUAGGGUUCAAGAAUCUCGGUAAUACCUGCUACCUCAACGCCGUUCUCCAGUGCUUAACCUAUACUCCUCCCCUCGCCAAUUUCUGUCUCCGACUUCAACACUCCGAAAACUGCGAGUUCCUGGCGCAGCAGGACAAGAAGAGUGAUUGUCCGUUUUGUCUACUAGAGAAGAGAAUUGUUCGAUCUCUUAGCAUCGACUCAACCCUAGAUACACCUGGUAAGAUCAUUGGGGGAUUGAAAGUCUUUGCAGAGCAUUUUCGUUUAGGGAGGCAAGAAGAUGCACAUGAAUUCCUUAGGUACGUCAUUGAUGCUUGUCACACCACAUGUCUUCGUCUGAAGAAGUUGCAGCAGCAAAAACGCAAGUAUGUCAGCAAUGGAGGAGGUGAUGGCUUUAACGGCAGUACAGUAGUUAAAGAGAUUUUUGGAGGAGCUUUGCAGAGCCAGGUCAAGUGUCUUGCUUGUGGAAACGAGUCCAAUAAGGUUGAUGAGAUAAUGGAUAUUAGUGUCGAUGUGUUGAACAGUAGCUCUCUCAAGGAAGCUUUUCAGAAAUUUUUUCAACCAGAGAUUCUGGAUGGAAAUAACAAAUACAAGUGUGAUAACUGUAAAAAGCUGGUAGCAGCAAGAAAACAGAUGUCUAUUGUUCAAGCACCUAACAUUCUUGUUAUUCAACUCAAGAGAUUUGAGGGAAUCUUUGGUGGGAAGAUAGACAAAGCAAUUGCUUUUGAGGAAGUAUUAGUUCUUUCAAGCUUCAUGUGCAAAACAAGCCAGGUGCAGGAUCCACAUCCAGAGUAUAAACUUUUUGCCACUAUUGUGCAUUCCGGAUUUUCACCAGAUUCAGGACACUAUUAUGCUUACAUCAAGGAUGCAGUUGGGCGUUGGUAUUGCUGCAAUGAUUCUUAUGUUUCAGUUUCAAGCUUACAAGAAGUCUCCUCUGAAAAAGUGUAUAUCCUUUUCUUCUCUCGUAUCAAACAAAGGCCCACCACUACCAAAACUCUAUCCACACCCACCAAUGGAACUACUGAAUCUCAUGCCUCAAAGCUUCCCAAUCCCAAACCUGGUCAAACUGUCAAGUCAACACACUCACAACAAGAAUAUUCUGUUGCUGCUAAUAAUAAUAAUAACAAUAAUCAUUCUCAAAAGAUUGAUUCUUCAACAACAUCAUCAUCAUCAUCAAAGUUGGGUGUUUCUGGAGCCAAAAAGUUUCCUAAUAUGAAAAUCAUUGUUCAUAAUAAAGAAAACAAUGGUGAUCACAAGUCAAGUCCAACUGAUAAUAAUAAUCAUAUUCAUAAUUAUAAUAAUAAGAAGAAGAUUCCCUUGUUGGAGGACAACCAUAAUGGGAAUGGGAAUGGGAAUGAAAAUGUUGUUAAGACCAAUGGUACAACAACAAAUGGUAAUGGUGUUGUUAAAAGCUUGUUGUUACAUGAUAAUAAAAGGAAACAUCAACAUGAAGACAACAAGCAUUGUAAGUUGAUGGGUGAGGAUCAUGAGUCACUAGCAAAACGUGAAGAGCUAAAACAAAGUCUUAUGAAAGAAGCUUGUUCCUUUCUACGGAGUUGUGAUUGGGUGGAUGAGGUUCAAAGUUUCAUGCAUGCAAAGAAGCUUUGUGCUCGAGAUGCGCCACUACAACCACAACAUGAUGAACUUAAGAAGAAAUUGAUAGGUGAGGCGAAGGCUACUUUUAUCCCAAGAGUUCCGGAGGCGUUGAAAACAAGUCUGAUCAAGCACAUUAGAGCUCAUGUGGAUCCAUGAAACAAGUCAACAAGAAUAGGAGGUAAAUUUUGUUUCUUUUUUUUUUUUUUCUUUUUAAAAAAUGUUUGUAUUUGUAUGGUGGAAUGGAAUAUUAGAAGAAGACUAAUUUUGAAACGGAGGAAGGA